AACAGCUGUCAAUGUACCGCAACUAUAGUAUAUACGAGUAUAGGUACCACAGAUGCUAAAAAUGCAAUUGUUUCUAGAAGCAAGUAGAACAAAAUAGCGCGUUUUAUAGUCAGCUCAGACGUUUAAACACUAAAUUCUAGAAAAUGUCGAACGUAUUUGGCUUAAUUGUGUCCGGACGGCUGGUGCAAACAGACUUCACGCCGUUGUCCGAGACGCGGUUCCUCGUGACGAUAACAGAGGCAGACUCCAUCAACCACGUGGCGGUGUUCCUGACGGGCGCGGCGCCGCUGCCGCCGGGCACCGCGGGCAUGGUGUACUGGAGCUGGCCCGACCCCGCCGCGCCGCCCAACUGGCAGCUAGUCGGACACAUAUCCAACGCCAAACCAUCCACUAUAUUUAAGAUAUCUAAUUUAAAGAAACUCCACGAGUUAACUAGUGUUCCAGAUGAAAACAAAUUCAUAAGCACUUUCGGGCAGCAGCAAAUCUGCCACAAUGCGCAGAUCGGCAUAUCCAUCGAACCAGAAGCCAAUGUGCAGUUGCUGGGCUCUUUUAUUGCACAAGAAACAAAUAACUACGUAACGUUCGCCCAAAAAAUGCUGGAGAACCUGGUGAACUUCGUGGCAUCGUUCUCGGUGACGCAGGACCAGAUGACGCCGACGCCCGGCGUGUCCUACAUUCCGCUCAACACGCUGCACACCUGGUACCAGAACUUCGAGCGGCGGUUGCAACAGAACCCUAACUUCUGGAAGAACUAGUACCAGCUGUCAGCCAUAUAGGUACCGCUUUACCCACUAUAUAGAUCCCUGUCUUUCUUAUACAUAAAGUAUGGACUGAUUUGAAAGAAAUUUUUUUUUAACAGAUACAUAAUUUGGGGGAUUGCUUGCCGUCAUAUAUGUUCCUUGCUGUAGUAUUGGACCCUCUAAAGAUACAAUCUAUACUGUUUAAUUUUGCGGACCAUCAGUCUUAUACAAACGUCAUUUACAGUUCUAGCGCUUGGGAUUUUAACACAUUAUGGAUGUUUAAACACAGUGCCAAAUUCUCGACACUUCGAUCUACUUAAAGAGACAUAUGUUUUGGGUAAAGCUGUACAACUUACAACCAAAUAACAAUCAAAUGUAACGCUGAUGAUUAUUUUGUAUUAAGUAUGUGUGGUUUUAUUUUAUGAAUUCAUUUGUACAGCGACGACAUGCUUAUGCAAAAUGGUUUUAUACAUUAUAAAAUGGGUGUUUGCCUGUUUUUAAUAUUGGACAUUUUAUGCGCAAAAUAAAUAUCAAAUAAUACAAAUAUUUUUAUGCGAAAACAUCAAUAAAAUGUGUGUACAUUAAGGCAAGGCAGCAACUGAUACGUGAAAUAUUAUGAAAUCCAAACAAGUUGCUAUCUCGCUCGCACACAUAUACGCAAUAGUGGCCUCAAAGUGAGCUGCUCAUCCUUUUUCUGUUUGGAUCUUACCAUCUUUAUCAGUUUUAAAAGCUGGUAACUAGCAUAAAUGUUGGAUUAGUUCUUAUAGAAAGGAGGACAAAACAGCCAAUACAAAAUAAUGAAAGCAAUAAAGAAAUAAAGCCAAAUACCCAAUAGUAACAUGUAUUGUGAGGAUGUGUAUGUAAUAACAAAGCAGGCUGUUACUCGACUGGUUGGACACUGCAAAGCUAGCCAUUCCACAGUACAAUGAUUAAGUUGUAGCUAGGGCUUUAUACUAGAGACGAUUUUGUCCUCUGAAUGCACGCCCUACCAAUUAUUAUAGAAAUACGAAACAAUGUAAGCUCACAUCCCAAAGGGAAGAGAAAAGCCUGUGGAUGUGGAACUCACGCGCCCAUAGUCCGCUGAGCUUAAGGAUUAAUAUGACACCAAACCUCGAAUAAUUACACCAUCACAGCCUCCCACAAGCAGCUGGGCUGUGUCGCAACACAGGUCUGUGUUCAACCACGUUCAUUUAUUUCAUGAUCGUAGACGGAAUUCACAAUGGAUGCGAACGUAUAAAUAAGUAGUAACAAAAUAUUAUAGUCACUAUUGUACUACGCUAUUCUAUAGGGUAUACCUGUAAAAUAUUUGUAUAGGCAAAUACAUAUAUAUAUAAUAAUGUAGCAGUUACCGAUAUAGACCGAAAGCAGUGUACUGCCUGGUAAAAUAUCUGUGAAUAAUGCCUUAAACAAUAGAUUUAAUAUUUCCGUAUGAAAAAAAAUAUGCAGACAGUAGCGGCUUUACGAUACAAGAAAUAAAACAGAAACCAACCUUCUAAGGAUAUAUUUUGUCUCUUAACUAAAUUUGGAAGUUGUGAAAAUGGUUUAUGUUAAAAGUUAACGCAUAAACUGCUGAGUGAAAGGAUGCAGAAAUUUGUCAUACAGAUAGACCCAAUUAUCGAUAAACAUUAGUCGGGAUAGUCUUGGUUUCGAACCCCGGCUGGGGUAAAGUGAUAUUGAGUUUUUCUACUCAGUAUCAGUCCAGGGUCUGGGAUUUCUGCCCGCUCUGGCGAUUGGGUCGCCCCCUUUGUUAUGUAACGGGAUAAAUACGGCGGAAAGCGUUUGCACCAGUUGCGCCUCCGCUCAUCCCUUAGGAUACAAGGCGUAUGUGUGAGUGUGUGUGUUUGUGCGAAACACUAACGCUUUUAUAGUAACAACAUCGGGUUUACAAUAUUUUCCAUCGUAGAGCCGCCACUGAUCGUGGUGUGUAGUAGAGGUAACUAAAUAUUUCUCAUGUUGAUCAUCAAUUUAGUUGAGAGUCACCAGGCACUUUAAAUGCCGGGUAAAAAUAGACACGUGAUAAUAAUAAAAUACUUUUAUCUAUAAUAUUAUUCCCUUUGGUAUCCAAAUAGUUGUCAGAAAUAUUUAUUACCUCUCAAAAAUAUCUGAGGGUCUCCCCAGAUGUUUUAAUAAAUAUUUACGUAGACAAUUAUAUAAUUAAGCAUAUUAUGCUUUAUUAUUUUAAAACCAUAAUGUAAAGAUAAUGAAAUACAAUUGUUCCUAAUUUAUAUUUCAUAUGCACCAUUGGUAUAAGCAAAAUUUGAGUAUUACCUAUAAUUUAUAAGUAAAGGCGUUCAAACUCUUCAUCACCAUAUUUCAAUGAUAAGAGCACUCAGAAAUUGUAAUUAUUCCAUAAUGUAAUCUACAGAAGGGAAGGAACGAAAGUGCCGCUUUUUCGAAGUUUCCUAUUAAGUCAUAAGUCUACUAAAUUAUUUGCAUGACUUGCGUUGCUGACGGUACGAAUGAAGCGAAACCAUUCGUUUUAAUUUAUGUGUACAGUAGACAUAAAGACUGCUUUAAAAUAGAUUUUUCUUUAAUAAAAAUAUAUUUUGGAAAUCUUG